AUGUCUUACAGCAAACUAAACCAGAAAUGGCUAGUGGCCAAGCCCUGUGCCCACAUACUUCAGAUUGAGGCAGGAGUGCCUCGGCGAGCUCAGCCCAACGCUGUCCUGGAGAGGCUCUAUCAGUCCAAAAUGUGCCCAGACACGAGGCAACUAGAGGGACUCUCCAAGCAGCUGGACUGGGAUGUGCGCAAAAUCCAGAGAUGGUUUCGCAUCCGUCGGAACCAAGACAGGCCCAGUAUGCAGCAAAAGUUCUGUGAGAGCAUGUGGCGCUUCACCUUUUACCUGGUGACCUUUCUCUAUUCCAUUUCCCAUUUAUGGGUGUCUCUCAGUCCUGAGCAGUACAACCACUAUGUGGCAGAGCUGGCUUUCUACUGGUCUCUGAUGUUUUCCCAGUUCAUAGACAUUAAGCGUAAGGAUUUCAUCAUCAUGCUUGUCCACCACCUGGCCACCAUAAUCCUCAUCACUUUCUCCUAUGCCAACAACAUGCUUAGAGCCGGCACUUUGGUCAUGUGUGUGCACGAUGCGUCUGACAUCUUCCUCGAGGCAGCCAAGCUGGCCAACUAUGCCAAGUACCAAAGGCUAUGUGACGGCCUGUUUGUGGUUUUCAGUAUAAGCUUUUUCUUCACUCGACUUGUCAUCUUUCCUUUCUGGAUUGUUUACAGUGUUCUGUUUGAGAGCUGGGAGAUUGCUGGACCGUAUCAGGCCUGGUGGCUGUUUAACGGCUUGCUGCUGGUCCUGCAGACUCUUCACAUCAUCUGGUUCUACCUCAUCACUCGCAUUGCUAUCAAGGCCAUAUUCAAGGGGAAGGUGUCCAAAGAUGACCGCAGUGACAUAGAGAGCAGCUCAGAUGAGGAGAAUCAUUCCAAUUUCAAUAAAAGCACCCUAAAACCAAAGGACUUCAAUCACAGCAGUGGCCUUAAUGGAGAAACUCAUGACCACUGA